UUCAUUAAUGCGCACAGAUCCCCCCCCCACCCCGAAAAUCUGCUCAGCUGCGGUUAACUUUCUCAUAACAAGGGCGUCUAGAUUACAGAGAGAUUGGAGAUUAAAAUCAGCGGGUCCUGGCUGUGGAGUUUUAUCCUCUAUGAGGUGGAUUCUUGUCUCAGUGGCGGCGGAUACUUCCCACUAAGUGACACAACGUGGGCGGCGCGCUGAGGAGACGAUCUGCAGCACCGCAGCUGCUCCACGCAGGACUCAGACUCAGGGGCUGGAUGUGAAACGGGUGAGACGUGACAGCGCGGUCCGGGGUAACCUGCGGAGAUACCCACGCAUCUAGGAGGACUUUGGGGUUAAUCCUUCCAGAGCGUUUUUACUUAUGAUGUGUGGACCCAGGCUGCGCGGGGGGAACAGACGGAGCGAUUUCGGUUGAAGAAGCAAUUCCGGAGGGGGGACAGUUCAUACCUGACCGGUGGUGAAAUUCCUGCGCUGUUGAGGACGGAACAUGGUGUAGAUAAGGGGGAAAUCAUCAUGUAGCAUCGGCGCAGAGCGUUUGGAGACCUGCGCGCACAUUCUUGUGACAUCUCCAAGCACGACGCAUCUGUGGCAUCUGUGGCACCAAGGAAAUUCAAGUCUAGUCGCGACUCUUCUUUUGAAAAACAAACCCACAAGAGUGCAGCCAACACCAAACCUCUAUCAAGUCUUAAAAUAAUAAUAAUAAUAAUUAUAAUAAUAAUUUAUGGACUUCUGGAAAUGAUGUGAAAAAGUCUGGAGAUGCGCCUCAAAUGCUUUUGUCUGCUCCAGGUGUGCGCCGUCCUGAGCCUCCUGCCGUCGGCCUCUUCGGCGGAUCUGACAUGCGAGGCUCUGCUCAUGCUGUCAGGGAACGUCUCAUUGCAGUCCCUGGUCGCCACCUGGAACCAAACUAUGAGCAACGCUACGAGUCAGUGGAGCGGUUCGGGCAUCUACUGCGACACCUCCAUCGAUGGCAUUGGCACCUGCUGGCCGAGGAGCAACGCGGGCCAGAUGAUUUCACGGCCCUGUCCCGAGAUGUUUUACGGAGUCAGAUACAACACCACGAAUAAUGUUUAUAGGAAAUGUCUGGCUAAUGGCACCUGGGCACUGAAGGGAAACUACUCCAUGUGUAAGGCCAUCCUUCACGAGGAGAGAAAAAGCAAGAUGCACUACCAGAUCGCUGUGAUCAUAAACUUCCUGGGUCACUGCAUCUCCAUGGUGGCGCUGCUCAUCGCCUUCUUCCUCUUCCUUUGCUUGAGGAGUAUCCGCUGUUUGAGGAACAUCAUCCACUGGAACUUAAUCACCGCAUUCAUCUUGAGGAACGCCACCUGGUUCAUCGUUCAAUUGACCAUGAGCCCUGAGGUGCACGAAAGCAACGUGAUCUGGUGUCGCCUGGUUACCGCCUCCUUUAACUAUUUCCAUUCAACCAACUUCUUCUGGAUGUUUGGAGAAGGCUGCUACCUCCACACGGCCAUUGUCCUCACAUACUCCACUGACAAGCUCCGCAAGUGGAUGUUCAUCUGCAUUGGCUGGUGUAUACCAUUCCCCAUAAUAGUGGCGUGGGCCAUUGGGAAGCUCUACUACGACAAUGAAAAGUAAGCUUUUGGCUACAUUAACUUUUUUUCU